CUGGUUUGCAUUCACGUCUCAUAGUCGCUCUUUUUAUAGUCCCCUCGCUGUCAUCCACGUUCUGCAAGUAGAUUCUCUCUCGUUCCUUCGCUAUCCCAAAAGCCCAUAAUCCACCAUGCGUUCCUGUGUUGCAUUCUCAUCCCUCUUGGCACUCUCUUUCUCCUUCGGCGUCGUCUCUGCCGAUUCAUCUCAUGCCCAGCUCAGCAAGAGGCAUCACACCGGUCGGAGCAGAUUAGAUGAUCGGGAGACGCGAGAGAUACACACGUUCCAGUUCGAGAAGCGGUUCGACAACGCUAGAUUCACGUACUACGCGGAUGGAUUGGGCGCGUGCGGAAAUUAUAAUCAACCUGGUGAUUUUAUUGUUGCUCUUAAUGCGCCUCAAUACGACGGCGGUUCCCACUGUGGCGAGCAGGUCACCAUCACCGCUAACGGGAAGACUACCACAGCUACCAUAGCAGACGAGUGCAUGGGUUGUCCCUAUGGCGCCUUAGACUUCUCCGAAGGACUAUUCAAGUACUUCGCGAGCGAGGAUGCGGGUGAGAUCUACGGGUCAUGGCAGUUCGGCUCUGGGGAUCCCAAACCUAGUCCAAGCCCUUCGCCAUCUCCUACGACUUCUUCAUGGUCAUCCACAUCUACCUGGAGUCCCCCGCCCAGCACUACGUCCACUUCCACCACAUGGACCCCGACCUCGACUUCCUCCACCUGGAGCAGCACUUCUUCCUCCAGCAGCUCUGUCGCGAGUAGCUCGAGCAGCGCCACCCCGUCUUCAACCUCCUCAGCUGCCGAGACGUUCCCGACCGCGUCGGAGUCGGACCCUGAGAACCUGGAGCAGUUCAAUAUCGCGCUCGUCAAUCUCGGUGGUCUCAUCAUGGCUGCCGCAAUGGCGACCUCGUAAUUGGAGUUGCUCUCUUACGCAAUAUUAGUGCGGGGGAAACGGGGAUCUCUUCGGCGUGGUAUACCUGGGGACGGAUGAUGGAUGUGUCUCCGUAUUUCUACACGGACAAAUAUUAUACCUAUAUCACACUGAUUGAUACCAUAUUCCCCCGCAGUAUUUAUGUUUGCUCGUAAUGUCAAGUUCUAUGUCUAGAAGA